AAUAACACGGAAGAAAUAAUAAUGGCGUCGUUGUGCGAAAAUGGUAAGAACUUAAGUGAUAGAAAAGAAAUAGUUACAGAAAGACUUAAGAAAAGGAAACAAGAAAGAGAAGCUGAAGUUCUGAAAAGAAAAACUGAAAAAGAUGCCUGUUUACCCGAACAGGAAAGUACGAAAUACUUCAUAAAUAAUUUUUCUCAAGAACGUUCAUUCAUUGAAAAUGAAUUGUCAGAAAGUGACAAACUUCCAAAGAAAGAUCUCACCGACCAUUUCGACUCGAUAUCUGUUCGAUUAACAAAACUGCAGUCAUUUGUAACAGAGUCUUCAUUAUUUCUCACAUCGCACGACCUUAAAGUAGCUCAAGAUGAUUUACAGCAGCUACAAUCGCGUAUCCAAGCAAAAAGAGACGAGUUGCUUCCAAAGAAGCGCUUUGCAUUUAGACAACGAAAAGAAAAGAAACCCAAACCAGUUAUUGAUGAUUCAGAUGAAGUUGUCAAUUUACCUGAAAACCAGAAUGAUUUGAUGGUGGAGUUAGCAGAAUGCAAGUUUGUUGACAGGGCCAAUAAAAUACUUGCAAAGAAUGCAGCCGAAGUGAACUUGAAAGAUGUUGCUCUUGCUAAUUUAACCAGCUGCACUGUUAAGCUGUUUGGCGCACCAUCUGCUCUUCAUGUCAACAAACUCAACAAUUGCUACGUAUUCACAGGACCUGUAUCUGGUUCCGUAUUUAUCAGGGAUUGUAUUAACUGCAUAUUUGUGUCACCGUGCCAACAAUUAAGAAUUCAUUCAACAACACUAACUACCUUCUACAUACAUGUCACAAGCAAGGCAGUCAUUGAGGAUAGCAACACACUAUUUUUUGCACCGUACAACUGGGAUUAUCCAGGUUUAGAGGAACAUUACAGGCUGUCUGGUUUGGAUAAGACACGAAACAACUGGAGUGAUGUGGAUGAUUUUAACUGGUUAGCAGCUGAUGCACAUUCUCCAAACUGGUCAAUUCUUCCUGAGGAAGAAAGAGUUAAAGAUUGGAAUGAAUAACACUCCUUUAUUCUUCUACACAGUACAAUAACGGUACAUUGUUCAGAACUUUAUUUAACUGAAGUCAAAGACUACAUUUACAUGUAUUUGAAAAAAUUUCCUGACAUGAGUCGUAAGCUGGAUUUUAAUCAUUCCUGUUUAGUUUGAUCAGAGAACAUAAUUCAAGGCUCAAUGGAGCUCUGCCAUUUGCUAAAUUCACCAGUAUGCGAAUUUUAAGAAUAACUGGUAACAUUUAUUUCAAACUGUUGGUGGAAACAUUUCGUGUAAUGAUUGAUAUCUUGUAAACAUCUAAAGCUGGGUUUUGCAUUUUUGAAAGGGAGACAAACUUUUUAGUUCAUCCAGAUCUGGUCCUGUCAUUGCAUGUGCUUCUGGAGAUAAUUUGUUUGCUAUGCUAUUUAAUUUUAAAGUACAUGUACAAACGUUUUUUUUCUGUAACAGAUCAUUAGAUCUGUACAAUACUACAUGUAUGUAUAACCAUUUUAUAACAUAGGUGGAAACCUGGGUCUGUGCUUAUAUAGAGUCCAGACUCAAUCUCUAAUGACUUUACACACACGCAAUUUGUAUGGCAUUGUCAUUACAUUAGUGUCUCAGACUCUAUUAGUCUCGAGUCUAGACUAAAAUGU